AUGGAUGAGAGUUUAAGGGAUGCUGUUCAGCAAGGAAAUAUUGAUGCUUUGUACUCUUUGAUACGAAGAGAUGCAAAUGUUUUGGAUACAAUCGAUAAAAUUCCAUUUGUUGAGACUCCUUUACACAUAGCAACAUCUGCGGGACGCACCCAGUUUGCCAUGGAGAUCAUGAGAUUAAAGCCGACAUUUGCUAGGAAGCUUAAUCAAGAUGGAAAGGAGGGUGGGACUCCUUUGCUUUACGUAGCUCAAACAGGAAACCUUCAUCUUUUAGCUGAAUUUCUUAGAGCCUACCCCAAAUCUAUUGAAGAUGUAACAAUUCGAAAAGAGACAAUCCUGCAUAUUGCCCUCAAAUACAACAUGUCUGAUGCUUUUCGCCUGUUGUUAGGAUGGCUUCGGCGGGCGUGGUUUAGAAAUGCAUCACUGUGGGAGAAGAAGUUACUAAACUGGCAGGAUGAGGAUGGCAAUACUGUGUUACAUAUUGCUGUAUCAAAAAAUCAACCCGAGGAUGUGCAAUUGUUAUUGAAUUUUAGGUCCUCCUUUCUCUGUAAUGUUGAUAUAAGCGCCAGGAAUUUAGGUGGUUUUACAGCGUUUGACAUGUUACAAGGGUAUGCACUGGACAAGCAAAACCAACAGAUCAAGGACAUGCUACGUCGUGCCAAAUGUUUCAGUAUUUUCCAUCGUCCGAAAGUUGAAUCUUUUGCAAAUUACUUGAAAUCUCCAAUCAAAAUUGACGAGAAGAUAUACAUAUUCUUUCUCCGUCAGAGAACAAAAAUGACAAAUGACACACGCAACAUCUUAUUGGUGGUUGCUGCUUUUCUUGUAACAAUCACCUUCCAAGCAACACUCAGCCCCCUGGAGGAGUUUGGCAAGAAAACAAGUCUGCCGAUAGCAUUGCCCCCCUCGGUGCAGCACACACUGCAGGGACAGCAAUCAUGA